AUGAAGGCCACUAGCCGGGCAACAAGGAGCAAAACAGCCUCUGCUCUCCUUUCCUUUCUUCUUACAACUCAACUUGCCAGCGCACUACAAGUUACACCAAAUUCUCCGUGCGCCUCGGUGUGCCUGGACUCGCCGGACCUCGAUCGAUCAGAUCCCAGCUCUUCCAACACGAAAAACAAGGACAUCAUUUGCAAGGAUGGGGCAGUCAACAGUUCGGCGGGAAGUAAAUGGAAAGACUGCAUGACCUGUUUACAAACAAGUCCAUUUUCUCAGGACUCCGAGACGGAUCAGAUGUGGUUUCUUUACAACCUGAGAUACACCUUAUCAUACUGUCUCUUUGGUUAUCCCAAUGCUACAGAUGUCGAGACAACACCAUGCAGCACAUCCAUGGCCUGUGGCCCUCUACAACAGAGUCUACAGCAUGGUGUCCCUGAUCCUAAAGACACCACGCCAUCUUCCUACUGUUCGGCAGACGACGGAUAUGCAUCCGAUCCUGAAAUCUACGGGCAUUGUACCUCUUGCUUGACAGCUGGAGGGGAAUCUAACUACCUGGCCAACUAUUUCACCGCCCUAGAAGCCGGUUGUCAACACAAGCCCGAACCUGGCAGCGUCAUCGGUCUAAACGACACAAUCUUCUCCCCCUCGUCCAUAGGCAUCGUCGACCCCUCGAGUGUCCUCAAGUCCGAAGAAGGUCCCAAGAUCUCAACAGCCAUCAUCGCCGUCAUCGCCUGCAUCGGCGUGCUCGUCAUCCUCAUCAUUUCUGCCAUCGUAUUCAUCUGCCACCGCAAGCGCAAGAACCGAGCGGCCCGCGCCAGUGCCCAGCUUGAUUACGCCGAGAAGCGAGUAACCCGUUUCCGUCACCAGCGCCAGUCUUCGCUUUCUUUCCAGUGCCAGACGCAUGUGCUUUCGCCGCGAUUUUGGCCUGCUGCUGGUGAGGGCCAACAGCCGGUUUGUGAAGGAGAUGAGACGACGACGAUGGAUCCCAACGGCAAUGUCAACAUCGCAACAAGGCCCCUCUCUCAUCAGUCCGAGCACUCAGCCCCUGGCACACCAGGGAGAGGACUUUCCACCCGCCGCGUUACCAGCUGGAAACAACACAACUCUUUAAUCUCGACGGUGGCGGAGGAUAAAGCGUGGGAACACCAUCAACAAUCCACGGAAAGAAGUGCCUCUGGAGGCGGCGUCAACCCCCUCGGCCUGCACGCCAUCACAACCACUGGUAUCCCCCGCUCGCCCACCCGCGCUUAUUCCACCAACAACAACACACCCGCAACCCCCCACGCGGGCUACUCCCACUACAGCCCCUCGCCCAUGUCCGCCGACUCAGUCCGGAGCACCGCCGCUUUGCUUCCUUCCAUCCAACCUUAUAUUCCUUCCGAUCACGUCUCGAACGGCGCCCAACAAACUCCCCAACUCCACAGUGCCAGUACUUUCGGUCCUCAACAAAGUCCUUGGUCAGCAACGACAGCUAGUCCCUUGUUGAAGAAUUACGGGUGGCCUUUACCUGUUCCUCAACCCCAAGAGCAGCAGCAACAGCAGCAGCAACAGCAGAGACAGGGAAGGUUUAACGGGGGAAAUAUCAGUUUGACAACGCACGGCAUCCCGCCGUCGCCGAGGAGUCCGAGGUUUCUUGGUGGGAAUGUGAUGAAAAAGCCGGCGGGAAGUCCGGUUGAGAGCGUGGAGAUUCGGACGACGUUUGAGGGGCCGCCGAAGAGUCCUAGGAAGUAA